CCUCCUUCCACAUCCCCCCCCCUCGGAGUGAGCUUUUCACCUCAAUUGAUCCGCCCGCCAUGGCCUCCGUCAAUGGGAGUUUCGCCUCCCCCUCGGCUGAUGCUGUCGUCUCUCCCAGGCUCUUUGAGCCCACCGGCCUGCUCGCCUCCGCCCUCGAGGACUUCACCGUCUGGAAGGCCGUGUUGACUUUGUUUAUCGGCGCGGUGAUCUACGAUCAGUUCCGCUACCUCUGGCUCAAGGGCUCCAUUGUCGGUCCGGCAUGGAAACUGCCCUUCAUGGGACCUUUCCUCCAAUCGGUCAACCCCAAGUUCCACGAAUACAAGGCGAAAUGGGACAGCGGAGACCUGAGCUGUGUGUCUGUCUUCCACAAGUUCGUUGUCAUCGCAUCGACUCGCGACAUGUCGCGCAAGAUCUUCAACUCGCCCACCUACGUCAAGCCCUGCGUUGUCGAUGUCGCGCACAAACUCCUCGGCGCUGACAACUGGGUGUUCCUUGACGGCAAGGACCACGUCGACUUCCGCAAGGGUCUGAACGGUCUCUUUACGCGCCAGGCGCUCUCUUGCUACCUGCCCCGCAUGGAGGAGGUCUACAACCAGUACUACGCGCGCUUCCUGCGGAUCUCCAAGGAGAACAACUGCACCCCCACUCCCUGGAUGUCCGAAUUCCGUGAGCUCAUGUGCGCCGUGUCCUGCCGUACCUUUGUCGGUCACUACAUCACCGAGGAGGCCAUCCAGAAGAUUGCCGACGACUACUACAUGAUCACUGCUGCCCUGGAGUUGGUCAACUUCCCCUUCAUCCUUCCCUACACCAAGGCCUGGUACGGAAAGAAGGCGUCCGACAUGGUCCUGGCUGAGUUCGCCAAGUGUGCUGCCAAGAGCAAGGCUAACAUGGCCGCCGGAGGAGAGAUCUCGUGCAUUAUGGACGCCUGGGUCAAGGCCCAGCAGGAUUCUGCCAAGUACCGCGAGAAGCUCGCCCAGGGUGUUCCCGUCGACACCAACGACAAGCCCCCCCAGCUCCUGCGUGACUUCACCGAUUACGAGAUUUCCCAGACCAUUUUCACCUUCCUGUUCGCCUCCCAGGACGCUACCAGCGCUGCUUCGACUUGGUUGUUCCAGCUCAUGGCCGAUCGUCCCGAGGUCCUCGACAAGGUCCGUGAGGAGAACCUGCGCGUCCGCAACGGCGACGUCAACGCUCCCUUGACCAUGGAAUUGCUCGACAGCAUGACCUACACCCGCGCCGUGGUCAAGGAGACUCUGCGCUACCGCCCUCCCGUCAUCAUGGUUCCCUACCUGGUCAAGAAGGAUUUCCCUAUCACCGAGGGCGUCACCGUGUCCAAGGGCUCCAUGAUCAUCCCCUCGGUGUGGCCCGCGUGCCACGACGAGGAGGCCUACCCGAACGCCGACUCGUUUGACCCGGACCGCUGGAUCACCGGUACCGCCGAGCAGCAGACCAAGAACUGGCUGGUCUUCGGCACUGGUCCGCACUACUGCCUGGGCCAGACCUACGCCCAGCUGAACCUGAUGGCGAUGAUCGGCAAGGCCAGUAUGGAGAUGGACUGGGUGCACACCCCCACUCCCGAGUCGGAAGACAUCAAGGUCUUUGCCACGAUUUUCCCCCAGGAUGACUGCCUGCUUUCGUUCCGUCCCCGCCCUUAAGCGUUUCUGCUGUCAACAAGACACCAGGUGCUGCCACAUCUCGCCGGAGCCACAUUUGAGCUCGAUAGGUGUGCACCUGCUUCGUGACUCCGGGCGUCAUCUAUCCUGGCGAUAGAAUGACUGUAGGCAUUCCUCUUUUUUUUGUUCUAUUUCUAUCACCUUCUCCCUCUGUAACUACUUGUAGUAUUGCUUCCCUUACACUUCUUCUUUUUACAACUCUUUGGGACGAAGACGGGGAACGUCGGCCUUUUUUGGUGCGGCUACGGAAAAUCCAGCCUGUCCACGUUUUACAGAUGGACAGGGGGCCUGGAGUAUGAUAUUGCAACGACCCAUGUGCAGUCGGUCUCGCAGUCAGCGAGGCUUAGAAGGGACAUGUCAUUCUUAGAUCACGGUACUUACAAUUAAUAAUAAUGUGACAUUUGAGCUGCUG